UCCACAGGAGAAAGACGAGGCUCUCUGGUACAGCCUUGGAAAUGCCCACCGAGCAGCCUACCCCAUCCUACAGCGUCCUCCCUAGAAGUCAGCACCAUCCCCUCCAGGGCAGGGAGGCUGGGGACCCGAGUGUAGGCCGGCAUAGCGACUACUGUCUGCUGGGACUCCGAAAAGAGAUGCAGCCAAGGUGGCUGUUGCCCCCUGGUGGUCACCCUGAGCCUAGGUGCUACUGGGGAGGACGGGCCCCUGGCCUGAUGUGCACCUGGGCCCCUAUCCCACUACAGGGAGAAGAUGAAUGUGAACUGCCCAGAGCCUGAGCCGGCCCGCUCCCUCCCCUGUUGUGGGCCGGGGGCUGCUGUGCCUCUCCUCACUGAAGACAUGCAGGCCCUGAGCCUCCGCACCCUGGCCGCCAGCGAUGUCACCAAGCACUAUGAGCUCGUCCGGGAGCUGGGCAAGGGCACCUACGGGAAGGUCGACCUGGUGGCCUACAAGGGCACAGGCAUGAAAAUGGCGCUGAAGUUUGUGAACAAGAGCAAAACCAAGCUGAAGAACUUCCUGCGGGAGGUGAGCAUCACCACCAGCCUCUCCUCCAGCCCCUUCGUCAUCAAGGUCUUCGACGUGGUCUUUGAGACCGAGGACUGCUACGUCUUCGCCCAGGAGUACGCGCCUGCUGGGGACCUGUUCGACAUCAUCCCUCCUCAGGUGGGGCUCCCAGAGGACACGGUGAAGCGCUGCGUGCAGCAGCUGGGGCUGGCGCUGGACUUCAUGCACGGGCGGCAGCUGGUGCACCGCGACAUCAAGCCGGAGAACGUGCUGCUCUUCGACCGCGAGUGCCGCCGCGUGAAGCUGGCCGACUUCGGCAUGACGCGCCGCGUGGGCUGCCGCGUGAAGCGGGUGAGCGGCACCAUCCCGUACACGGCGCCCGAGGUGUGCCAGGCCGGGCGUGCGGACGGCUUCGCCGUGGACACGGGCGUGGACGUGUGGGCCUUCGGCGUGCUCAUCUUCUGCGUGCUCACCGGCAACUUCCCGUGGGAGGCCGCGUCGGGCGCCGACGCCUUCUUCGAGGAGUUCGUGCGCUGGCAGCGGGGCCGCCUGCCCGGGCUGCCGUCGCAAUGGCGCCGCUUCACCGAGCCCGCGCUGCGCAUGUUCCAGCGGCUGCUGGCGCUGGAGCCCGAGCGCCGCGGGCCGGCCAAGGAGGUCUUCCGCUUCCUCAAGCACGAGCUCACGACGGACGGCCGCCCGGACAAGAGCAAGGGGCAGGUGGUGCUGGCCACGGCCAUCGAGAUCUGCGUCUGA